UGCUCACCGUAGAGCCUCCAACCUAAAAGUAUGCAUUUCAUAUGAACUUUGUAAUGGACCUCGCAUACCAUAGAGUCUCUAUCCUAGCAGUAUGCACGCCAUAUGAACUUCGUAAGGAACCUCGCUUACCGAGGGGUCUCUGUGGCUCAGUGGUAGAGCAUCGGAGCGCGGAAUCCGAAGGUCUAAGGUUCGCUUCCUCAUUGGAACUCAGUUUUUUUUCUUUGUCCCACAUGUUUCACACAUGUUGCACGUGGUAGACGCGACUCGGGCUGAUACCAAUUGUUUAUUAAAACGUUCCUCGAUUACUUUUUCUUCACGUGCGCGUCAUAUUCCAUCGACUAUAUAUGACGCGACUAUAUAUGCUUGAAUGGCAAAACUCUCGUCUUCAGAGUAAGAUGGAGUCACCCGUAGAGCGGGCAAGUUCCCGCCAAAGUCGUGACAUAGCUAUCGCCAGAAACGUUUACGACGAAAGCUUCUUCACUGCAUCAAAACGCCAUGGCUCUCCAUUGAGUAGCAAAGAAGACUCAACGAAGAAGAGCCGUUACUUGAAUGUCGUUCGUCGAAAGCUUUCUCCGAGUUCGUGUUCAUGGAGUGGAUUCAUCUCUGUGCUGACUCAGCUCAUGCCGAUUAUUCGUUGGUUACCAAAAUACAACUUCAAAGAAGAUUUGUUUCCCGACUUAAAUGGAGGUGUUACGGUCGCUGUCAUGCAUAUUCCUCAAGGACUUGCAUUCGCCAUGCUGGCUUCUCUUCCACCGGUCACAGGACUUUACACCGCCAUUAUCCCAGUAUUGCUUUAUAUGAUCAUGGGUACAUCACGACACUUGUCUGUAGGUAGUUUUGCAGUCAUAUGUUUGAUGGUGGCACAAGUUGUUGAACGCGAAGUGGGUCACAUGCCCGCAACACCCAGUCCCGCACCAGGUAAUAGUUCGAUGCCCAGUCCUUCUCCGACAAGUGGAGGCUCCGCGUUAUGGUCACCCUACGAUUCGGCCAAAUUGGAAGUCGCCAUUUCCCUCUCCUUACUCGUUGGCAUCAUCCAGGUUAUCAUGGGAGUGGCGAAGCUGGGGGUUGUGGCGACGUACUUGUCGGAUCCAUUGAUCAGCGGUUUCACCACAGGAUCAGCGGUGCUUGUUGUCAACAGCCAAUUGAAACAUAUACUUGGACUAACAGUUCCUCGGAUCACCGGAUCAUUUGCUGCAGUGAAGAUCUUUAUUCAUAUGAUGAAAAACAUUCCUUCGGCGAACGUUGGAGCCGUAAUUACAGGCCUGCUCUGUCUUUUUCUGUUGAUUGGACUGAAAGAAAUAAACGUUAGAUUCAAGGACAAACUGAAAGUUCCCAUCCCUGCUGAACUUCUAGUGGUUGCUGUCGGAACUGCCAUAUCAUAUGGUGCGGCCAUUAAUGCGAACUUUGGUACACCGAUCAUAGGAGAAAUACCGAAGGGACUUCCUCCUCUGAGUGUACCAUCUUUAUCCAAGAUCUCGAACAUUUUCUCAGACGCUUUUGUCAUCGCAGUGGUGAUAUUUGCUACAAACAUUUCGCUAAGUACGAUGUUUGCUAAGAAGCGUGGUUACUCAGUCGAUCCGAACCAGGAGCUGAUUGCGUAUGGAGCAGGAAAUAUUGGUGGAUCUUUUUUUUCGUGUUUCCCGAUCUGCAAUGCUUUAGCGCGUACAGCGGUACAGGAAAACCUUGCAAACACUCAGCUUUGCAGCGUGGUUGUGAUCAUCUUGGUCCUUCUCGUUCUACUGUUUAUUGCUCCACUUUUUUUCCAUCUUCCAAAGGCUAUCCUAGCUGCAGUUGUGAUCGCCAAUCUCGUUGGCCUGCUCAAACAAUUUAGACGGCUGCGGCAGUUAUGGGGAAUUCACAAACCUGAUGCGAUUGUAUGGUUUUUCUCUUGUUUUGGUGUCAUACUGCUGGGAGUUGGUCUUGGACUUGGUGUAGGCGUGAUCUGCGCCUUAUUUAUAGUGGUUUUAUCUCUUUCCAGGUCCAAGUACACAAUCCUUGGAAGAGUAAAAGAGACUGAGUUAUAUCGUGACAUCAACCAAUGGCCCUCGGCUUUUGAGGUCCGUAGUGUGAAGGUGGUGAGACUCGAGUCUCCUCUUUUCUUUGGUAACGCGGAGCGCUUCAGAGAGGCACUUAUUGAUGCCACUGGAGUGGAUCCCAGUUCUCAACAGGAAGCACCCAAACUGGGAAACGACGGCGAAAAACAUGAUCUUCUCAAGAACAAAAGCGGUGGAAACAGUUACGGAGGAAUCCCUGGCGUUAAACCAAUUCCUGAGGACAAGGGUAGGACCUCAAGGACAGCUGCCGUUGAAGUUGAUGAGCCGCAAACCUUCUAUCGGAGUUCAAGAAAGCUGGAGUUAAGAUAUACCUGGCUGGUUGCUCAUCAAACCUCAUUAAAAGGCUCGCAAGUCCCUCUGAGAGGUCCGCUAUACAGGCCAUUCCACGUCACGCGAUGUUUCCAUCCAUUCAUGACGCCGUUACAUCAGCCGCACGAUCACGUAACAACCCACUUUCGGGAGAAGACGGUGAGUCAUGUUUGUAAUGCUGAUACUGGCUGAUUUUUCUGUCGUGGAAAAUUUCAGAUCGUUGGUAGUUCUUUUAUCACUGGCGAACGAAAUAAACUUUUUAAUAAUCGGUAGCAGAGAGGGGCAGGGUGAUGAGCUCUUCGUGCAGAAUUCAUUUGAUUUAUGGGUCUUCAAAGAAUGAUAGAAUUAGCAUCAUGAACGAUUCAUAACGUAAAUAUAAUCCAAACAUAUCUCUUUUUUUAACGGAAUAUUAAUUUGUACUUAAUUUGAAUAUUAAACAUGUACUUUAGGGAAGUAGUCAGGGGAUGGGAUGAAGCCACCAACCCGCCAUAGUUAACCUUGCUUUAUUUUAUUCUUCUCAUUAUACAUAUGUAUCAUUAAACUUAAACAAUUAAACAAAAUUUGAAAUAGA